UGUUCACGAGGCAGCCAAUGGCAGGCAAGGGAGCGUUGAGAAAUAAUUACCUGCCUUGAUUGUUCUAUGGCCAGAUAAAAAAGUACACAUACACUCCAUAUAAUAAUCGGAUGCAUGUAAAAGAGUCAGGGAAGCUUCGACAUGUCGACCACGGGUCCCAUAAGUAAUUACUAUGUGGACUCCUUGAUCAACCAUGAAAACGAGGAUGUCCUUGCUGCUGCUCGCUUCUCGGCGCCCGGUUCGCACCCAGCCGCCCCUCGUCCGACGUCCCUAGUACCGGAGUGUUCAGACUAUCCUUCCUGCAGCUUCGCACCCAAGACGCCGGUCUUCUCCACCUCCUGGGCCCCCGUACACUCCCAGUCCUCAGUGGUUUAUCAUCCAUACAGUCACCAACCGCACAUAGGCACAGACUCGCGGUACGUGCGGUCAUGGCUGGAGCCGAUAUCAGGCGCCGUGACUUUCCAUGGCUACCCGGGGAACAACAGGCACUACGGGCUGAAGCCCGACGCCUUUCAGGAGCACAGAGCCGGAGAGUGCCUCGGCUCCAGCGGACGGAACUACACGGAUUAUCUGUACUGCUCAUCCGCUGACAUGAGAGACAAGACGCAUCAAAAUGUUUCCUCUCCCGAGCCGGAGCUCCUUGUUUCAGGGAAACAUAAAGAAGAGAAGCCGGAGCUAGAUCCGAAUAACCCUGUGGCAAAUUGGAUACACGCCCGCUCCACAAGGAAGAAGCGAUGUCCUUACACAAAGUACCAGACUCUGGAACUGGAAAAAGAGUUUUUGUUCAAUAUGUACCUUACAAGAGACCGUCGGUACGAGGUGGCGAGGGUGCUGAAUCUGACCGAGAGGCAGGUCAAAAUCUGGUUCCAGAACCGGCGAAUGAAGAUGAAGAAAAUGAACAAAGAAAGGAGCGACAGUAAAGAACAAUAAUGGAGGCUGCAGUCAGAAAACCGCCACAAUAACCACUCUAAUCAAUAUGGACAGCACAGAUGUACCAAAACACACGAUGAUUCCCCCUCUCUGCAUAUUUAUCACUGUUGGAUUUUGUAUUAACCUUAAUUACGAGACUGUUCGAUGCUGAUAUUGUUCUUUUUUUCCAGUGCACAAAUAUGUGUCCAGCGUCAGAGAAAAGAAAAAGAGAUAAAUAAAAAAAUAAAUGAGAUAAUUCUAUUCCUUUUUUUUCCACUUUGUAAUAACUUUAUAUAUGUAUGAUUUUUUUUAAAUAUUUUUUUUCUUGUAAGAGAAAAAAUAAAAUAAAAAAAGCGCAGUUUGGUUACAUUAUAACUGUACGAAGAAAGAAAAUACUUGAAUUCCUUUGACUUUCACGAACACAUUUAUUUAUGACGUGAAUGUUUUCACUCAUGUUUUAUUUCCUUUGUACGUUGUUGGGCAGGUGUUGUAUUUUGUACAGAAACCGAGCAUCUGCGAACGGACGCGAUUGUCUUGUAUUUUUGUGAUAGUCGUCGCUGUAUUUGUGCAUCUUUCUCUCUCCCCUUGGACUGUAGUUUACGAGUUUAAUUGUAGAGUGUAGCUAUAGACCUCUGCAAAUAUAAACAUAAUCACUGA